CCUUCGCUUCUUUCGAUGGCAUUUCCACCGAGUACCGUUAAUGCUAGUACCGGUAUUACCGGUACUGGUACCGGAACUUGCCCGCCACAUGAUGCUGGAGCAGUAGCCACUCGCCAGAGCCACUCGCGUCUCGCUCGCACGGUUGGCGGACAAGACGAGAGAGAGGAAGGCAGGGAGAGACGAGUGACUAGUGCAUGGUUGACUCUUCAGCAGUGUGCAGCCAUGGGGUUGUCUUACCUGGAGGAGAUGCGGACAUACUUUGAGAGCCACAACAAGCAGAAGGAGUAUGUUGGCCACAACUCUAAGGUCCACACCAUUGGUUGGAACGCUGAUGGCCGCCGCCUUGCCUCGGGCUCCUACGACAAGUGUGUUACCAUCUUUGUGUUUGAUGGACAUCGUGAGACUCUGCGCAAGGACUACACUUACAAGGGCCAUGGUGACAGUGUGGACCAGUUGUGUUGGCACCCCACACACUCGGAGCAACUCACCUCAGCCAGUGGGGACAAGACAGUGAGAAUCUGGGACACACGCACCCACAAGUGUUCCGCGACCAUCAACACUAAGGGAGAAAACAUCAACAUCACCUGGUCUCCGGAUGGACAGACUAUUGCUGUGGGGAACAAGGAGGACCUGGUGUCGUUUAUUGAUGUUCGUAGCCAAAAGAUACGUCAUGAGCAGCAGUUUAAGUUUGAGGUGAACGAGCUGUCCUGGAACAACACCAAUGACUUGUUCUACCUCACCAAUGCACAGAGUGGCCAGGGUUACAUCCAUAUUUAUAAUUACCCUGAAAUGGAGUUGGUUCACUCAAUACACGCUCACCCAGGGAACUGCAUAUGCAUCAAGUUUGAGCCCCAGGGGCGCUACUUUGCCACAGGGUCAGCCGAUGCUCUUGUCUCUAUUUGGGAUGUUCAGGAGCUGUAUUGUAAACGUACGCUUCCCAGGCUGGAAUGGCCCGUCAGAACCUUGAGUUUCUCUAGUGACGGGCAACUGCUAGCAUCAGGAAGUGAGGACCAGACUAUUGAUGUGGCCCAUGUGGAGACAGGAGAACAGGUGGCCCACAUCAGCGUGACCUACCCAACCUUCACGUUGGCCUGGCAUCCCAAGCACUUCCUCCUAGCCUAUGCCUGUGAUGACAAGGAUGACCGUGACAGGGACAGGGAUGCUGGCACGGUCAAGCUAUGGGGGCUGGGAGAUAGGCCUUAACACACACAUGCACACACAGACUCGCAGGUAACACACACACACACAUGAACACAUACAGACAGGUAAAACACACACACACACACACACACACACACACACACAAAAGUAAGAAUAAGAAGAGUGCAAAUAAACAUGUAAGAAUUCCUUUUGUAUUUAUAUUUAUAAUUCACAAGUGUUUAUAUGUAAAUUUCUUUUAAAAAAGAAAAAGAAAAACCCA